UUCGCAAAGAGAGGUAUACCAGGUCCUAAGUCAAGUAUUAUCUUCGGUAAUUUAUUGGAUUACCAAAACAAAUUCGAGCUGCGAUAUGAAAGUGUGGCGAUAAAUGCUAAAAAAUAUGGCAAAGUUAUUGGUUGUUAUUACGGAAAAUAUCCAGUAUUAUAUAUUGUAGAUGUCGAUAUGGUACAAAAAGUAUUAAUUACACAAUCUAAGAAAUUCAUUAAUCGCAUAUCCCUGUCAUCUGCCAAUAGGAAAUCAAUUGGAUUAUUUCAAGCUUGUGAUGAAGUGUGGAAAAGAGCUCGUGAUAGUUUAUCUCCGCUAUUUUCAUCAAUGAAUUUAAACGAAAUGAUUGCUUUUACUAAUAAAGCAGGUAAGAAAUUAUCGCAAAUAAUAUUAGAAAAAAGUGGACAAUGA